AUUGCGUUUUGGCGUGCGUUUGCAUGAUUUUCAUCUUUUGGCACGCAAAAAAUACAAAAUUUUACACCCCAAUGAUGGAAUUUUUUAAAUAUAUGGGAGGAGGGAUGAUCAUAAAAGGGAAUUUUUCUGCCUGCCUUCCUAAAUUUAAAAAUAUCAAUAUCAUGCCUCGGCUACGAACUGGAACCCAAAUUAUAUUAUUUCGGAGUCAUGAUAUCUUUUAA